UGCCUUUAUAGAGUCCAGGUAGAGCACAAAUGUUUAGACACGUCUCGCUGCGGGAGGGAGAAGAGAAAAGCACACAUUCUUUGACAAUAACAACAACUGUCAAGUCACUCUGACCUACAAACUGCAGUGGUGUGAGAAGUGUGAAGAUGGAGGGUGUUCUGGAGGCUGCACUCUUUCUGUGUGGGUUUAAAGUGUUGUGUAGCUCUCUUGUGUUCCUGCCUGCCCUCAUACGCUCCGUCUCCGCCGUCAGUCUCUGCUGCAUGUGCCUGCUGUUAUUCACCGACCUCGCUGUCACCCUGUUCCUGUUGUUCGUCUGGAUCACCGAGUCCUGGUUAAUCCUUUUCCAAGUGUCCUCGGACGUGAUCGCACUUCGAUUCCUCCUCUUUCUGUCUCAGGUCUAUGGCGUGGUGCUGUUGUUGACCCCACCUCUGAUCGCUGUUGAACUGAUGGUUCAUCUGCUGCGCUCUCAGGAGAACACGGAGGACACAGAGCUCGAUAAGAAGGAUGAAAAUACACUCUCAAGAACGAUGGGCUUCCUCGGUUGUCUUCUUGUGUGGAUCGUGAGCGGGAUUUAUAGCAGUUACAAUUGGAAGUUGGGACAGAUUUCGACAGAAACCUGUCUGGAUAGAGGCUCCUGCCUUGUAAACUGUCUUCCAGGCUUUUUCAUGACCCCCACUCCCGGUAUGGAGGAACUUAGCUGGAUUCUUCCCGGUUCGGUGGUUCUGUUGAGUCUGACCGGAGGACUGGGUCUCCUCAAGACAAAAUCAGCUCGUAGAUUCACUCAUUCACCUGAAAACACACAGACACAGAGGAGCGGGAGAAAGAACCCGGUUGGCCUCAAACUCAUGCCAAUACGGUGGCCCGUGCAUGACAAAACUGCCAAUCUGUAUGUGUUAGCAGGUUGUGGAACACAGUCAAAAAAAACACCCGACAGCAUUGCAGUUUACAGGGCUGGGUUUGUUUACAAUGAGGAACGAUGCUUCUGUCUGGGGAAUGUCGCCCUGUGUUCUUACCAAACAGGUUUGGCGGACAGUUUUGUGUGGCAACAAGAGUUCUCAACCAGCCGUGCACCCCUUUUGCCGUCCAAAACUAAACCUUUAGUGGAGAUUACAUCACCAGAGGACUGUGAAAUGGAGCAUUGUGAUAGAAAAAUGACAGAACCGGUUGUGAACGAAACACUGGAGUGUCAAAGAAAACAGUCGGAGAGGGAAAAUCCUUGCCUGGGGGAAGAAAUGUUCAGAGGACUUGUGUGUGCCGUUCUGGUUUGUGCAUUUCCCACAAUUUUAAGUGGUAACGUUCUCCUUAUUUUAAAUUUGGAGACCCUGGUGGUGCACACUAUGAAACUGUUAUCUUAGUAAACCCAUGGAGUCCCCGUUCUUUAAGCGAAACGCCAAAAUGUGAUGUAAAUGUAUGAAUUGGUGCUCGUACAAACACAGAAUUUUACAAGCUGACUAGUCCAGAAAUUACAGGGUAAAAGAAAAAAAAAAAUGGCAUGCAAAUACUAAAACCGCAUUACCUACAAACUAGUUUGUGUCUAUCACUAGUUUAAGCUCUUGUGCUUGUGCUAAAAGGUGUAAGGAGGUCAAUUGAAAACUACGAAAAAGUAAACGGUCGAUCCAUCAAUGUACCUGUAAUAUAAUACAAACACAUUCGAGGCACUGCAGGAGGGACACGAGGAAAAUCUGAUAUAUUAAGAAGAGAUGUUAAAAAUUCAUAAGGUGCGUUUAGUCUUGGUUUCAACAAGGAAACAAAAAACUGUCCGUUUUGAGAGUGCCAGCUGGUUUCAUGUCAGAUUGUUAUUUUUAAACCCAAAAUCGGUUUAAGGCUUGGGGCACCGAAACAACAGUGACACACAAGAAGUGGCACUGAAAAACAAUAAUAUGCAAAAAAAAAAAAUCGCCUGCAGAGAAGCUUCAAGGCAAUGGAGCUUCAUCAACCAUCUUCUCCGACCUGUCAUGGAGUUGGAAUCAGUACAAUGGAAUGCACAGGAUUUGUAAGGAGAUGCGUUCAUGACCAAACAAGCUGAAAUGAGAUCGAUCACGAUGAUGGCUGAUCUCAGUGUAAGGGAAUGUAACCGGUCGGGUGAGGUUUCGACUUUUGAAAGUAUAGCCUUUCGACACCAGAGGUCUCCCUGCGCUGUGUCUUGAGGUGAUCUGAAACAGGAUCUUUAUUUCAGUCGUUUCGUUUCAGCUCUUCUGAAGAAGCAGUUCAGGUCUUUCAAAGAAUACCAGAGGGCAAAUGCUGAAUUGACAGCAUCAACUUCGAAAGAAUUAUGACUUGCAUGGGCAAGUCACACAAUUUCCUAUCUAUGAUUUGUACAACAAAUAACAAAGGAGAGGGGAAAACACUUACAUAGUUUGAUCGUUACACAAACCUUCCCGAAGAUUAAACUAUAUAUAGUGCCAUGAAUCAGAAACAUUUUUCAGCAUCACCUGGUGCUUUUUCAAAUUAAAACCAAAAAUGCUGUCAAGCUACAGUAGAUCAUAUGAAAGUGUGUGACAGUGAUGAACAUAUAACAACAACGUCUCCAAGACAGUGAAACAGCAUUCUUUCAAUCUUUUGUCUCCUUUACAAAAACUAUUCUCUGAGCUGAAACUCCACACCAGCUCGGUCAGGGAGGGGGACACGACAGCAUCGCUUUUCCACAGAUAUCAAGGUACAAAAUGUAUAGGGCACUACAGGUCUACAUUACAUGAUAAAGUGCUUUAAGGAAGAAUAUGAGAUCUUUAAUGACAGAAUCCAAAGAUGUUGGCAGCAUUACAGUGUCAUUGAUAAACAAAAUUACUCUAUACAAAAGUAUAAAUGUACAGCUCCCUGGUGGUUCAUUGAGCUAUGUUCAACACAGGUUGAUGCAAUGAUUUCAUUAAAAAUGCAAGAAAAAUCAAUUCUUCCCCUGGCAAGCAAGUCAUUUUUCUGCAGUCUGGAGGACCGGGUGCCAAUGACAAAUUGCAACACAUUGUUUUCAGACAGAGAGAACGAUUUGUCACCAACUGUGUCUCCUGACGCGUCAUCUUUAGAAGCCGUUUCAAAAGGAGAAAACUGAGCUAAAGAUUGCAAAGAGAAAAACAUCUGAAAUCCAAGCAUAUACGUAAUAGCCAUCAUGUAAUUUAAUUGACAAACUGUUCAUAUUGAACAAGAAUAACUUGCGAAUGGACAAAAUGUACACUUACUGUUGUUUAAUGGCAGGGAUGUGCCUUCAGAGUUCUGGAAGAAAACAACUUGGGCUUCUUGUUAAAUCAUUGAAUGUACAAUUUCUACAAAGCAGGUAUAACUUGCUGAAAUGCUUCCUUAAGGAGCUCUUUGAUUUGUUUUUUUAAGCUUUAUGAAAACAAAAAUGUGUUGAUUUUGGACACUGUAUUAAAUAAAAUAAAGACUCGGAAAUGUU